CCGGGGCCUCGCGACUCCCCUCGCAGGCCCUUCCGUGGGGCGCGGGGCCGGCCCCCGUCCCUGCCUCCUUCCCAGCCCGGGUCCGCGGUCGGCGCCCUGCUCCCCGCGGCGCUCCCCCGGGGCCCUCUUUGGUGGGAGCCGAGCCUGGACCUUGAGCCCCGAAGCCUCGGUGUCCGGGGCCCUUGCGCUCUGCCUGUGCCCCUUGAGGAGCAGAGGAGAGGCUCGUGGAUUGCAGGGCCCCGCUGGUUUGCUGGGAGCCGGAGCUGACGCGGGCUCCGCGGCCCGGGUUCCGCGUUCCGGUUUUCCUGCCUCAGCGCAGCCGCGGUGCAGUGGGUGCCGGGAGGAGCUGCCCUGGGGGUGCAGGCGGCGGGUUCUCCGGACUGUACGAGAUGCCUUCCAGGAAGAAGGGGACGUGCUAUGCUGAUGCCACCGCCCUCAAGCCAGAGUCUUCUGCAUCUGCUGUCUGUCCUCCGGAGUUCCUGGGUAGUUCUGAAUUCUGAGUUUGGGGAGUCCCGGCACUGCGACAUCAAGCCCGUGUCCUCGGCCCUGAGGAAGGAGUGUUGCCUGCGGUGAGCAGCUUGGGUGCCCUGCUCUUCACGGGGCGAGCGGAGGAUGCCGUAGGGCGGGAGGCGCCCGUGCACCCAGCGGUGGAUGCGCCCCGUGUGCGACUCGCCUAGGGAGGCCGGCGGGUUUGAGAAGCUGCUAUAUCCUUUGAGAAGAACCCAACACGGCAAUGGCCAAGUCCUAUGUAAAGAAGCUUUCCGCCACCCUGAUGGACGCCAUCACCGACAAGGACCCUCUGGUGCAGGAGCAGGUGUACGGGGCUCUGUGUGCGCUGGGGGAGUCCCAGCCGGAGCAGACCCUCGGUGCCUGCCAGGAGCAUCUGCGGCAGCACGAGAAGCUGGCCCAUCCGCACCGGACAAUGAUCCUGAAGGCCAUGGAGGCCGUUGUGAGCAGCCACCUCGGCCGGCUGGAUCAGGGCACGGCCAAGGCCGUCAUCCUGCUGGCCUCCAGUGAGAUGACCACGGUCAAGGAGCUGGUUGGUGACUGGCAGCAGGCUGCCAGCAGCGUCCUCGUGGCGGUGGGCAGGCGGUUCAUCAACGAGGUGAUGGAGGAGCUGCUGGGCAAGUUCGUGCCUGGGGUGCUGCCGCACUGCUUUGUGGUGCAGACGCUCGCCAGCCUCUCCGUCUCCAACGUCUUCGGCACGGUGCCCUUCCUGCCCUCCAUCCUGAGCACCAUGCUGCCCAUGCUGGGCCUGGCCAAGCACGACGCCCUGAGGGCCGUGUUCUGCUGCGCUCUGCAGCGCUUCAGCGAGAGCACCCUAGAGUAUCUGGCCAAUCUGGACCAGGCCCCGGACCCCACGGUCAGGAAGGACACCUUCUCCAGUGACAUCUUCAGUGCCUAUGAGGUCCUCUUCACCCACUGGCUGCAGAGCCGUGAAGCCAAGCUCCGUCUUGCUGUGGUGCAGGCUCUGGGGCCCAUGAGCCACCUGCUGCCAAACGAGAAGCUGGAGGAGCAGCUGCCCAAGCUCAUCCCUGGGAUCCUCUCCCUCUACAAGAAGCACGCUGAGGCCUUCCACAUGUCCAAGAGUCUAGGCCAGAUCCUGGAAGCGUCUGUGAGCGUGGGUAGCCGCACCCUGGAGGUCCAGCUUGAUGCUCUCCUGGCUGCUCUGCACGCACAGGUCUGCGUGCCCGUGGAGUUGUCCAGCCCCUUGGCAGUCAGCAACCAGAAGGAAGUGCUGCGCUGCUUCACUGUGCUGGCCUGCUGCUUUCCGGACCGCCUGCUGGCCUUCCUGCUGCCCAAGCUGGACAGCAGCCACGAGAGGGUCCGCGUGGGCACCCUGCAGGUCGUGAGGCACGUCAUCAACUCGGCCGCUGCUCAGAUGGAAGUUAGGAAGCCGUUUAUUCUCUCUUCCAUGAGGCUUCCUCUUCUGGACACCAACAAUCAGGUGAAGCGGGCUGUGGUGCAAGUGAUCAGUGCCAUGGCCCACCACGGCUACCUGGAACAGCCUGGAGGCAAGGCGAUGGUGGAGUACAUCGUGCAGCAGUGCGCACUGGCCCCUGAGCCGGAGCCCGAGAAGCUGGGUCCCGACGGUGCGGACCCCAGCGCGGACAGUGUCCGGUCUGUCAGUGUCAGCACCCUCUUCCUCAUCAGUGCCACCGUGGACAGGAUGGACAAUGUGCUCUGGCCGUACCUGCUCGAGUUCCUGUGCCCCAUGCGAUUCACCCGGGCCCUGAGCCCACUCUGCAGAAGCCUCGUGCACCUGGCGCUGAAGAGGCAGGAGGCGGGCACGGACGCUGUCCUCAUCCACUACGACAGCAGCGGGACCCUCCCGUCCCCCUACGCCCUCACCACCAGACUUCUGGUUGUGUCUGCCAGCCCCUACCUCGGGGACGGCCGGGGGGUGGCCGCCCUGAGGCUCCUGAGCAUUCUGCAUCGCGAUAUCCACCCUUCGCUGGGCCAGCAGUGGAGGAGUGCCAUCUGCCUGCUCGUGGAGCACCUGGACGAACACACCCAGGAAACCCUGCCACAGAAGGAGUGGGAGGAGAAGCUGCUGACGUUCCUGCAGGACACUCUGGCUGUCGUGUCUGACAACACCUGGAUCUGCCAGCUGAGCCUGGAGAUGUGCCAGCAGCUGCCUUGCUACAACGGGGUGCCCUGGGAGAAGACUUUCCUGUACAAGUGCAUUGGGUCCACCCUGGGGGCCGCUUCCAGUAAGGUCACGGUGAGGAAGCAUCUUCGGGAGCUGCUGGAGACCGCCAGGUUCCAGGAGGAGGCAGAGCGCGAGGGCCUGGCCUCCUGUUUGGGGAUCUGUGCUGUUUCCCACCUGGAUGACACCCUGGCCCAGCUGGCAGACUUCACCAAGUCAGACGUGUUCAGGAAGUCCAUUGGCAUCUUCAACAUCUUUAAGGACCGGAACGAGAGUGAGGUGGAGAAGGUGAAGGGCGCUCUGGUCCUGUGCUACGGGCACGUGGCGGCCCGGGCCCCCCGCGAGCUGCUGCUGGCACGGGCCGAGGCGGACAUCCUGCGGAACAUGUUUCAGUGCUUCAGCCGCAAGGUUCUGGGAAUAAAGGUAGAGACCAAGGACCCGACCCUGAAGCUGUGCCUGGUCCAGAGUGUCUGCAUGGUGAGCCAGGCCAUCUGCAGCAGCCCCCAGGCCAGCACCUUCCACUUUGCACAGAAAGCCGAGCUGGUGGCACGGAUGAUGGAGCUCAUCAAGGCAGAGCCCCCGGACUCCCUGACAACACCCCUUCGGAAGAAGGCCAUGGCCGCCUGCACAUACCUGGCCUCCCUGGAGCCGGCCCUUGACGAGCAGGUGCGGGCGGACGUGGUGCACGGCUGUCUCCGCAGUGUGCUGGCCCUGCCCCCUGAGCCUGAGGCGGGGGUCCCCUGCAGCCAGGAGGUACUGCCCUCCCCGGGCACAGGGGCAGGGAGGGCACAGCCACCUGGCGAGCCACCCCCUCUCCUCUCCCAGUCCCUGUAUUUGGACACGGUCCGUGCCCUGGAGAAGUUGCUGGCGGCGCUCCUGCACCGGAACAUGACGCCGCAGGGCCUGCAGCUCAUGGUCGCGCACCUGCUCCCGUGGAUCAAGUCCCCGCAGGGCCACGAGCGGGAGCGGGCCCUGGGUGUCAGCGCUGGCCUGCUGCGCCACUUCCUGGAGCACCUGCACGUCAGCGCACUGGUGCCCUUCCACAACCUGGGCCUGCUUGUCGGCCUCUUCUCCCCGCGCUGUGCGGACCUGUGGCCGGCCACCCGCCAGAAGGCUGUGGGCUGUGUGCACUCCCUGCUCUACCUCCAGCUGGGCUACGAGGGCUUCGCCCGGGACUACCGGGAUGACGUGGCUGAGCGGCUCCUCGCCCUCCAGGACGGCCUCGUGCACCCGGACCCUGCCGUCCUCUUCCACACCUGCCACAGUGUGGCCCAGAUUGUGGGGAAGCGCCUCCCGCCGGACCAGCUCAUCAGCCUCCUGCUGACACUGUUCGAGGGCCUGGGGGACCCCGACAAGAACUGCUCGCGAGCCGCCACCGUCAUGGUCAGCUGCCUGCUGAGGGAGCGUGGUGCCAUGCUGCUAGAGAAGGUGCCCGAGAUCGUGAGCGUGCUGCGCUGCAGGCUGCAGGAGCCCCAGGAGGAGCACGUCCUGAAGGCCGCCCAGCACUGCGUCUACCUCCUGGCCUCACAGCACUGUGCCACCGUGGUCUCCAGCCUCCUGGGCAGCCCCCUGCCCUUCGACAGCCACACCUGCACCCUGUGGCGCGCCCUGGCCGUGGACCCCAGCCUCACCGCCCAGGUGCUGGGGCUGCUGCUGGAGAAGUUGGCCAGAGACGUCCCGUUCAAGGAGAGCCGGCCCUUCCUGCUGAGCGGUGCACCCGAGCGCGUGGCCACCCUGCUGCCCCUCGCGGCCACCUGUGCGCUGUUUGAGGUGUUAUCGGCCCCGGCGGCCGGGCCCGCGGUCUUGGAGCUGUACCCCGAGCUGUUCGCGGCCCUCCUGCUGCGCGUGAGCUGCUCCGUGGGCGUCCAGCUGCCCCGGAACCUGCAGGCCAAGGAGAGGAGGGGUGCUGGCCUGGCGGCCAGGGCACUCGAGCCCUGCAGCUCGGCAGUGGACACCCUGCGAGCCAUGCUGCUGCGGGCCGGCAGCGAGGAGGUGGUUAAGGUCAUGGCCCUGGAGGGCGGCUGGGAGCUGCUGAGGACCCCCGAAGGGCACGAGGAGGGUGUCGCCCAGCUGGCCCAUGCCAUGGCGACGCACGCGGGGCCCCGGCUCCCACUGCUGAUGAAGGCCCUGGUGUCGGCGCAGAGUAGCGUGUACGAAGCCCAGAGAGUCACCUCUACCGCCUUCUUCGCAGAGCUGCUCGCGAGCAACGUGGUCAACGACCUGCUGCUGCUGGAGUCACUGCUGGACAACUUGGCUGCCCGGCAGAAGGACGCCAGUGUCAGCGUGCGGCGGCUGGUGCUGCGUGGGCUGGCCAACGUCACCGCCGGCUCCCCGGACAAGGUGCGGGCACACGGCCCCCAGCUCCUGACGGCCAUGCUGGGCGGGCUGGACGACGUGGAGGAGCCGCAUGGCCUGGUGGCCCUGGAGGCCAUGGAGGGCCUGGCGCGGCUGCUGGCCCUGCUGGAGCCCGGGGAGCUGCACUCGGUGCUGCUGCACGUCGCCAUCCGCAUCCGGCCCUUCUUUGACAGCGAGAGGACAGAGCUCCGCCGGGCGGCCGUCUGCCUCUUUGGGCACCUCAACCAGGCCUGCCACAGCGAUUGUGAGGAUGUGUUCCUGGAGCAGACUCUGGGCGGGCUGGUGCCCUUGCUGCUGCACCUGCAGGACCCCCAGGGCCCCGUGGUCAGCGCCUGCAGGUUCGCUCUGCGCAUGUGCGGCCCCAACCUGGAGUGCGAGGAGCUGGCGGCCGCCUUCCAGAAGCACCUGCAGGAGGGCCGCAGCCUGCACCUCGGCGAGUUCCUCAACGCGGCCAGCAAGUGCCUGAUGCGCCACUUCCCCGCGGCGCUGGGCCGCCUGCUGAGCACCAGCCUCUUCUACUUCAAGAGCAGCUGGGAGGGGGUUCGCGCCGCGGCGCCCCUGCUCGUAGGCUUCCUGGUGCUGCACGCGGACCCCGAGCAGGCGCCCCAGGUGGACCUGGAGCAGCUCAUCGCCGCUCUGCAGCUCCUGCUCAAGGACCCCGCCCCCGCCGUGCGCAUGCGGGCCGCCGAGACCCUGGGCCGGCUGGUGAAGUUCGCCUGAGGCAGGAUCCCCAACCAGCAAGCAGCAGCCGGGGGCCCCAGGGGCUGGGGGAGAAGCCCACGUGUACCCCAUAUUUUCCAAUAAAACCCUUUGCUCCUCUACGACGAGGGGAGGGGACGACACAGCCUCUCCUUCCCGGCCGGGGCCCUCCGUCAACGCA